AGAGGCGCGGGACGAGGAAGAAGCUACAUAACAACACAGCGGACUCUCAGGUGAGCUGGUCCAGCUGUUGGUAGGAGAUCCUCUGGCUCCCGGAGCCUGGACGCGGCUUCCUGGCCGGACUGAGAGCAGGUCUGGGCCGCAGCUUUCUGUCGCGUUUCUCGGUGUUUUUCCCUGUAAAUCCGCCGUUAGUUUGAUUCUUUUAGCCAAACACUGAGGCUGUUAUUGAACCGGCUGCUCAAACUUCAGGAGACAGUUGGCGCUUUGAACAGGUGUUAUGAAGAGAAAUGCCUGCAGGUGUUAUUCAGACUGGUAUUAAAGGGCCAGUACGCUCUUUAUUGAUCUAGACGCAAUUAAAUCUACUGUUGUAAUAAAUCAGUUGGACUUAUGUCACCCGGCGAGUUUAUCACACAUUAGUCGUUAGCAUCAAUGUCAGAUUAUUUUGGGCCUUUUUAUGAUUUAUUUAAGCUGCUGUUGCAUUAGUAGAAAUCAGAACUAUAAGGAUUUUUUUAAAAGUUUUGGGGAAAACUUGGAUUUAUUGAUCAUGUCAUUUUUUUAAAUCACAUAAAAUCAAAUUAGGCUGAAGUAUAUCCAUAAACACCCAGUAAUAUUUGUUGGUCAAGAAGCUCCUGCCAUCUUUCUUGGCAGUUUGUUAAAACUGGUUGUUUCUCAGCUCAGGUCCAGCAGGUUUGCAAACAAUAAUUUAACUUUUAACUGUUUCAGACGAUCUGAAGGCAACAAUAAGUCUAAACAGUUCAUGUCCAGGAUGUGUGGGGUCUGCAGAGAUGUCUGCUGCCCUUUUCCUGACCCUUGACUUGCACUCUGGAUCUGUCUGGUUCUGAAGAUGAUUCAAGUCAGACUUUUUAAAUCCAUUACUGCAGCUGCAUGUUGUCACUCCUUCCAUUCUGGAGAUAAACGAACAUUGAAAGGCACAAAUCAAAGAGUAAAUAAAACCCAAAUCCAGUUAUUAUUUUUGCCGAUAAGCUGUUUAAAUUGGUUCUUAAGGCUGGUUUCUUUAUAUGUCUGUGCAAAAUGUGAUAUUUUCGUGUAAAUGUAUUUAAAUUUGCAAUAUUUUAGCCUGAGACCGUCUCAGUGCUGCCCUCUGUGGGUCAAACAGUGGCUGCUGCAGUUGAACUUAACCAGGCGGUCCAGAUUGGUUGACGUCACUCAGCCCAAGUUCAGGUAUAAAACCACCUGACUCAGACACGCCCCCUGCUGGCGAGUCAGGAGGCGGAAUAGUGAUCGUGGCGAGCGUUGAUCGUCAUUUGUGAUUUAUGUGCAGCGGACACGGAGUGGAGCAGGUCUGGACGACUGGGAGAGACUGACAGCAGCUGAGGAAGAGCUGACGGCAGCAGACUCACUCAGGACGGUUUCUGCAGAGCGGUUGCUGCUUCACACGUCCAAAAAGUCUAAUAACAGAGAAAAAAGUUGCUGCAUGUGUCACUAGUUGCUUUCUUAAGACGGUCCCAGAGAUGAGCAGCAGCCUCCUGCUGUCGCCGUGGCACCGGGGUUUCCGUCAUGGCCGCCUCCUGCUCCUGUCCUCCCGGCGGGCCAGGUGGUUCAGUUCGGAUGACCGGAUCAGCCGCAGCCUCCGGGAGAGCUACAGGGUGCUGCAGCUGCCUGCCGAGGGCCGCAGCAGCCCCGCGGAGGUGAGGGCCGCCUACCUGCGCCUCGCCAAGCUCUACCACCCGGACUGCGGCGAGCCCACCGCCGACGCUGGGCUGUUCGCUCUGGUCGAGGAGGCGUACCGGGCCGUCCUGGCCCAUCAGAGUAAGACCCGACAGCCGGACGGAGCGACGGAGGACGACGAGGACAAAAGCCGAGGAAACGCUCUGCAGCACCGACACUACCUGAGCUACGAGGGCGUGGGCUCAGGAGCCCCCAGCCAGCGGGAGCGGCAGUACCGGCAGGUCCGUGUGGACCGGGCCGCCGAGCAGGUCCUCAGCUACCGCCAGAGAGAGCACGAGCGCGCCGCGGCGGCUGACGGGGCGAUGGCGGAACGGGACGCCCGUCAGCGCAGCCACAAGAUCAAGAUCACGCAGGCGGUGGAGCGGCUGGUGGAGGACCUGAUCCAGGAGUCCAUGGCCCGCGGAGACUUCCGGAACCUGAGCGGCGCCGGGAAGCCGCUCAACAAGUUCCAGCACAACCCGUACGCCGACCCCAUGACCCACAACCUCAACCGCAUCCUCAUCGACAACGGCUACCAGCCGCCCUGGGUGGUGACGCAGCGCGACAUCCGGGAGGGCGCCGCCCGGGUCCGGAGCCGGCUGCUGGAGGGCCUGGCGCGGCUCGGCGACCCCAUGACCCCGGCCGAGCGCCGCCACUGGGAGCGGCUCUGCGGCGCCGUGGAGGAGGAGCUGGCGAAGCUCAACAAGAUGGUGGACGACUACAACCUGAUCGUCCCCAUGCUGGGCAUGCAGAUGGUCCACUUCAGCCUGGCCCGGGAGGCGGCGCGGGCCCAAAGGGUUGCCGAGCAACGGAGGGCGGAGCUUCUGCAGGUCCGGCAGGAAGAGAGGGAGCGGAGGAAGGAGGAGAAGAAGAGAGCUAACUCUGCAAACAGGACUCCAACUAAGAGGCGAGGCCUGGUGUCCUGGAUGCAGAGUCUGCUCGGAUACUAACCCUGCAUAGCAACGGGCAAAAGUCUCCGACCAGCCGCUGCUUUAUUCAUCUUUAAAAGGGAAAUUAAACUAAAACACAAGAGGAAAACAAAGAAUAAGUUUUAUCAUCAAACCAGGAGAUUGUUGCUGUAUGGAAAAUUCUUAUUGAAUUAAUGUGAUGAUCAUUAACAUGAUCUGUUCUAAUGCUCCUUUGCACACAGACUGAAGGUCUCUCUGGUACCGAACGUUGCGUCGUCAUUAGUUUUGUUUCCAUCUGAGGAAUUUAGAGCAAACUUUUAAAGUUUAGAGUUUCAAAAAAGAAAAAUAAAAGUGAAUUGGCCGUGUUUCCACCUACUGGUUUAGAGUGAAUCAACCAGGACAUGUCACUUCGUCACAUGUUGACGUUACGCUUGUCUACAGCAAACAGGAAGUAGAGGUUGCUAACUAACAUAAACCACAUCUCUGAAUACAAAGGAGAGAAUCUGGAUUUUUUUUUUCUCCUUGUUUUGUGCCUCUGGUAAGGCACAGAUGAACCACAGGUGGGUCCGUUCCUUACCAGAGGAAAUGGUCCCAAUCUUCAGCGUGGUUUUCCUCUACUUCCUGUUUAUUCCAGCCACGCGAAGCAUCAACAUCUGAAUAAAUUACACUCUUCAUAGCCUGUAGAUGGAAACAUGCAGAAUUCUCUUUCUUUUUUCUUUUUUUACAGCUUUUUAAAAGUUCACUCAUAAUUUGCGUGACACUUGUAAACAUAGUGAAUGAACUGAGAAGAAUCCAGAAGGAAAAAACAGAGCAAACACUAAUGUUUGGUUGCUGUGAGACAUUAAAGAUUAUUUAUUUAAAAUCUU